AUGGUUGUUCUCCUAGCAGUGAUACUUCAAAGCAGUCGAAUCUACUACAUGCCUAGAUCACCACAGUUCUGGGUCGACUCAGCUGCAAUUUCCCAACUCAGUAUGUCCGACAACUAUGAAUUAACAGCCACAUGGCAUCUCACAUUGUUUGUUGUAAAUCCUAACCAGAUUCUGGGACUCCACUAUGAGAGCCUUAAGGUCAUGCUUUUUUAUGGGGACAAGGAAAACAGUCACAAACAAACGCUGGCAGGGCAGCCUGUGUUUCCUCCAUUCUUCCUAAGCACGAGAGAAGUCACUAACCUAAAAUUCAUGUUGGCUACUAAGAAAGCGUAUGUGGGCAAAGAUGUAGCCAACAAAAUUAGAGAAGAGAUGGCUGGUGAGUCGUUGGUGAGAUUCGGGCUCAGCUUGUUUGUUUGGUAUAGGCGUGACGUUAAACCGCUAAUUGAUCCUGGUCCCAGGUUCUUGAGGAUCUUCUGUGACCCGGUCGAGUUCGGAUUUACCCUGAAUGAUCGGAUUGGGAAUCUGACUGCUCGACCUAUGGCUUGCAAGCUAGAUAAUACACUUGGCCGCGAAAGAUGGACAUUGUUGUUGGAUGAGAAUCGGUGA